UGGGUAGGUAUUAUUGGAGCCCAGACCCACUCACACCCAGCGGAUAUGGUGUAGUCCGCAGCCUGGCCACGUCAAUGAUAUCCGAUGGCAGCGCUCCAAAACCAGGAGCUUCUCCGUUUAACCCGCGCCCCCCUCUCGCACUUCUUCCUCUCGGCCUCCGCCUCCGCCAUCCGGAAGGCCUCCUCGCACGACGAAGCCCUGCGCCUUUUUAAGCUCAGGUUCCAACGCCGCCGUCCCGGCUUGGAGCCCUUCGAGACCCACGCCGCCGUCUUCACCCUUAAGGCCUCCUCCUCCGCCCCCCUCGUCGUCCCCCACCUCCACGCCCACUUCCUCAAAUCCGGCCUUUUCGCCGACGUCCAUGUCGCCUCCGCCCUCCUUCACAAUUAUGCAUUAUCCUCCUUCUCCCUCGCCCGCCUCCUGGUCGACGAAAUUCCCAACGGGAACAUCGUUACCGCCAACACCAUGCUCACCUGCUACUCGAGGCACGGACGCCUCGGCGAAGCCCGCUCGCUCUUUAACAGCAUGAAGGAGAAAGAUAUUGUUUCCUGGUCCGCCAUGAUCGGCGGCUACAUGGACGCCGGGCACCGAACCCACGGGCUCGCUCUCUUCCGGGAGAUGAUGAAGGCUGGCCACCCGAAGCCCGACCCGCUGAUGCUGGUGACGCUGCUCUCCGGGUGCGCCUCCACAGGCUCGCUCCGGUUGCUGGGAAAAUCCAUCCAUGCCUAUGCCGAGAAGAAUGGAAUCGAGGUCAACGUCCAGCUGGGGACGUCGCUCAUCGACAUGUACGCCAGGUCCGGUUGCUUGAUAAGCGCGUUCCGUGUGUUCGAGAGAAUGCGGGAGAGGAACGUUAUGCACUGGACGGCUAUGAUUUGCGGGUUGGCCAUGCACGGGCACGGAAAGGAGGCCGUCGCCUUCUUCGACAGAAUGAGGGAGGUGGGCGUGAGGCCCAACGAGAUAACAUUCACUGGGGUCCUCAGUGCGUGCUGCCAUGCGGGACUGAUCGAGGAGGGACAGAGGUAUUUCUGCAGCAUGGUCGAAGAAUUCGGCUACAAGCCGCAAAUUCACCAUUAUGGUUGCAUGGUCGAUCUCUUCGCCAAGGCCGGGAGGUUGGAGGAUGCUUAUGCUAUUAUCGAGAGCAUGAGAAUGGAACCGAAUAUCAUUGUGUGGACUUGUUUCCUGGCAGCUUGCAAGAAGUACAAGAACUUUGAGAUCGCAGAGAAAGGGAUCGAGAAGGUUUUGAGCAUGGCGAUCCCGAAUGAAGAUGGCGGAGUCUAUGCGCUAAUCUCUGAUUUGUAUGCACUGGGGGGUAGGUGGAACGAUGUGGAACGAGUAAGGAAGUUGAUGGAUAAGCAUAGCGUGAAGAAGAGCAGAGGGUCUAGUUUCUUAGAGGUGGAAGAAAAGGGAAGGUGACAUAGAACUAGUAUCAGGAGGCUUAGGCCUAGUGGAUGGAGAUUGUUUGGAGAGUUAAAGGUGCUGCUGGUUGAUGGAUUCUGAUGCAGGAAGACCGACACCAGCUGACCGAGGAGAAGGCAGAGAACUGCGAUGAUCAGUAAAACUUGCUGAAGACACCCAAGUGCAAAAGAAGUCAUGAUAGAGGCCAAGUGUUUCUGUUUGAGAUUUUCAUUACAAUUCAACAAUUGAAUUCUGGCAUUCCAUCAAAUGUUUUGUUUUUGCCAUGGUCAAGAGCUGUACUUAUACUGUUGAGCACCAUUUUUGCAAGAAAAUAAAUUAAUGGAGACAAAAAGUUAAAGGCAGCAAACUGCAAUGAACCGUCUGCUGUGCUAAGAAGUGCUCUCUUGUACUCUAAAUCUGUCUUUCUAGCAGAAAGAAUUUGAGUUGGAAAACCAUAUUUGGUUUGGAGGAGUUGGAUUUUAGAAUGAAAAUGAAAAUAAAUGACUCUCAUUCCGGUCGUUUUGUUGAAGGAAA